CGGCGGCGGCGGCGGCGGCAGUGCGAGCGCGGCUGACGCGGGGACGGUGGCCGGGGCAGCGGGAGCCGCCAUCGGGGAGCAGCAGCGGGGUUGGCGGCCGCGGGCAGCAGCGCAGGGUGGGCCGGGCUUGGACAACGGAGCGGACGGCUGCGCCACGGGCGGCAUUGUGUGUCCCAGUGUGCAAGAAUAGCCCCAGAAUCGGAAAGGCUGAACCCAGAGCUCUUCAGCAGGGAAGAUUCCCUUCCCCCCUGCUUCAGGCUGCUGAGCACUGAGCGUCGCUCAGAAUGGAAGCCAUCGCCAAAUAUGACUUCAAAGCUACUGCUGACGAUGAGCUGAGCUUCAAAAGGGGGGACAUCCUUAAGGUUUUGAAUGAAGAGUGUGAUCAGAACUGGUAUAAGGCAGAGCUCAAUGGGAAGGAUGGCUUCAUUCCCAAGAACUACAUAGAAAUGAAACCACAUCCGUGGUUUUUUGGCAAAAUCCCCAGAGCCAAGGCAGAAGAAAUGCUUAGCAAACAGAGGCAUGAUGGGGCCUUCCUAAUCCGAGAGAGCGAGAGUGCCCCUGGGGACUUCUCCCUGUCUGUCAAGUUUGGAAAUGAUGUCCAGCACUUCAAGGUGCUCCGAGACGGGGCCGGGAAGUAUUUCCUGUGGGUGGUGAAGUUUAAUUCUUUGAAUGAGCUGGUGGAUUACCACAGAUCGACAUCCGUGUCCAGGAACCAGCAAAUAUUCCUCCGGGAUAUAGAGCAGGUGCCACAGCAGCCAACGUAUGUGCAGGCGCUGUUUGACUUUGACCCCCAGGAAGACGGUGAGCUGGGCUUCCGCAGAGGAGACUUCAUCCAUGUCAUGGAUAACUCAGAUCCCAACUGGUGGAAGGGGGCCUGCCAUGGGCAGACCGGCAUGUUUCCCCGCAACUACGUCACCCCAGUGAACCGGAGCGUCUAAGACGCAGAAGAGGGUGUGAGAAGAAAGUGAGGAGUUGACACGAGGAGUGCGCCCACACGCGGCCUGCCGCAGCCUGUGAGGGAGUGCUGAACGCCUGGCUGGGUCCUGCUGGCGACCCUCUCACUUAGGCUGAAACUUUGGGGGGUGGGAAGGGGUGUUUGAUUUCAUAAUGCCAAAACUUAACCUAUUGAAUUGAAUUACAGUUUUUAUUACAGAAUCUCACCGCUACUCCUGUCCCCUCCUGUCCUUUUCUUAUCCUUCUUUCCUGUCCUUCAGUGCAUGACAUUUGAGGCCACAUAUAGCCCCAGCUGAUGCCAUAAUAAAAGAAAAGAAACCAAGUGGGCUGGUAUUUUCUCUAUGCAAACUGUCUGUGGAGAUGGAUGGACUAAAAGAGCUAUAUUCUUCACACACAAGGGGCGGCCAGGGCACCCGAGGCCCUUGCAUGGGCUUCUGCCAGAGAUGCCUGAGGGCAUUUGCCUCCGGCCCCCAGCCUGGAGCCAUCCGUCAAGGUUGGACUUAGGGGAAGGAGGCAAGCACCCGCCUCUGGCUCCCAGUCACUGCAGACCCGCGCCUCCUCCCAGCGUCUCCCCUUCAGGUGUUGCUAAGAUGUUGUUUUUCAUAGUGCCUUUUUUCUUGUUUCAAGGGUGUUUUAUGAGUGGUGUUUUUACUUUUUUUUUUUUAAUAAGUUAAAGACAGUCCAGAGCUUUUCCUGUCCUGUAUAAAUAUUUUCCUCUCAGGGCAGAGGAAACAGGGUGGAGAAAGGAGACAGUAGAAGCAGAGCGUGGGCAUUUCCCAACUGGAGGGGCCAGAGGACUGGGAAGACUCACCUCCCUGGCCUCUAGUCUCAGCUGUGGUCCUAUGCCUGGAGCCAGUUAAGUGUCAAACACAGAAGACGGAGGAGCAGGUGGCAUCCAAGCUGCCCUCCUGCUGUCACAGGCCUAUACUCAAGUGGGAGUUGAGAAUAUGGCUUUUCAUUUUUCUUGCUCUUAGAAUUAGGUCCUCGAUCUCAGUUGUGCAUUUAAACCUGCCCAAGAGCGCAAAUAGCAGGAUUGUGGGUUGGUGUGUGCACAGCUGUUCUGCCGCAUCCCCCUGUGAGGUGGGAAAGACCACGAGCCAUGCCGAGCUCUGCGUCUGUCUCCUGUGAGCUUCCAGUCCUCCGUAGUCACGUGCCUGCACACCGAUCUCUCCACCCAGCCUCCUCCCCACAGCAGAAACAAGGCUCCUCCUAGUCAACCUUGGAGUCGGUGGUGCCCUUGGGCUGCUGGGCUCUUGGGGUGGGGUCUUCCCUGGACUCUUGUGAGAUGGGCUCGGCCCUGCCCUGGAGGUGGCUCCCCGCCUCCUGGUUCUGCUUCUUCUUUCCCUGCUGAUGAUAAAAAUAAUCUUGAGUUACACCUGGGCCAUUUGAUUGUUUUACUUUGGAAUUGGUGUAUAUCAUGAAGCCUUGCUGAACUAAGUUUUGUGUGUAUAUAUUUAAAGAUCAGUGUUUAAAUAAAAAGACCUAUGUACUUACUCCCUUAACUUCUGCGGAUAGCGAUUUGGUAGGUAGUGAUUAACUGUGAAUAAACACAAUGAAUUCUU